ACCCGGCUCCCACCACCCAACAAGCUCAAAUCCCACCAUGUCUCAUCAUCUCCUCCCCCUCUGAGAUCACCAGUUCCGAGAUACCCCAAGAAGAAUGCCGCCCUGGAGAUCCCUUCUCUUCGCGGCAUUCUUCUUCUCCUUUCUAAUUCACACCAGCGUGCUAGCCCAAGACUACGAGGACGACCAAGGUGGCGAUGACAAAUCCGUGCAGCUGCCAAAGGCUGCACAGAGCUGCAAUGGCAUCUUCAUAACGUAUGACUUCCUAUAUCGAGAGCGGGAAUACCCUUAUGUGAAGAAUGCGACGGCCCAAGCCUACGCCUUCAGGUCCACCGCCACGGUGCUCAACACCAUGACAGAGGAACUCAAGUCAUGGAAUAUCUUCGUCGGGUUUCAGCACCGCGAGAUCCUGGUGUCUGCUUCCGGGGCGGUGAUAACCGACGGGACCGACUUCCCUGCGCAUGUGGAGAAUGGCACAUCCUUCUCGGGGUCGCCGCAGGCCGAUCUGCUGGAUGCCGUUGAUACUGCGGGGGACUUGCAUCAGAUGAUGGUGAAGAUCGAAAUCUCGGGAACGCAGUUUGGGGUGAAGCCGCCGGGGAUACCGAUGCCGAAGACGAUCAAGCUGCAGAACGAAGGGUUCAAGUGUCCGAAGGCGACUCGUAAAGGAAGCCAGAUGUAUGUGUGCUGCGUCAAGGAUAAGAAAUCCAAGAGCAAGAAGCUUGCACCCACCAAGUUCUUGCCUCGCCGGUAUGGCGACCUCACCAUCGAUUACGAUGUGCUCCAGGCCUUCGAGAACAACUACCUUGCCCAAGUGAGCCUCGACAGCAACCACCCCCUCGGCCGACUCGACAAUUGGAACCUCACAUGGGAGUGGAAGCGCGGGGAGUUCAUCAACACCAUGAGAGGAGCCUACACCCUCAAGCAUGAUCCAUCGGAAUGCAUCUACGGCGAGGCCGGGAAGUACUACAAGAACUUCGACUUCAGCAAUGUCAUGAGCUGCCAGAAGAAGCCCAUCAUCGCCGACCUCCCUCCUGAGAGAGCGAACGACACGCAGAUUGGCAAGAUACCCUAUUGCUGUAAGAAUGGCACCCUCUUACCACCAACCAUGGACACAACCAAGUCCAAGGCCGUCUUUCAGCUUCAGGUGUUCAAGAUGCCGCCGGACUUCAACCGGACCGCACUGUAUCCUCCUCAGAACUGGAAGAUCACCGGCCAGCUCAAUCCGGAGUACACGUGCGGCCCUCCCUUCAGGGUGAGCCCAAUGGAGUUCCCGGACCCGAGCGGUCUCAUGGCCAAGAGCUACGCCAUUGCUAGUUGGCAGGUGGUCUGCAACAUAUCAAGGCCCGCGCCGAAGAAAUCACGGUGCUGCGUCUCCUUCUCGGCCUACUACAACGACUCGGUCGUCCCAUGCAGCUCCUGCGCUUGCGGCUGCCCCGACACGGAUACCUGCGACCCCGAUGCUCGUGCGGCAUUGCUGCCGCCGGAGGCUCUCCUGCUUCCAUCAGAGAACAGAACCGCCAAGGCCAAAGCUUGGGCUAAGAUCAAACACUUCGAUCUGCCGAACCCCAUGCCUUGCUGGGAUACCUGUGGAGUUAGCAUCAACUGGCACAUCGUUUCGGACUACCGGAACGGAUGGUCGGCGAGGAUCACCAUAUUCAAUUGGGAAGAGUACACUUUCAGGGACUGGUUCUCAGCGGUUCAGAUGCCGAGAGCUUAUGAUGGCUUUGACAAGGUGUACUCAUUCAACGGGACCAAGUUGACAACACCCCAAAACACCAUCUUCUUCCGAGGCUUGGAGGGUCUGAAUUACCUACUGCCGGAGACUGAUGGGAAGAACCCGGAGAAGGAUCCAAGGUUGCCCGGCAAGCAGCAAUCGGUGAUAACAUUCACGAAACGGCACACGCCGGGUAUAGACAUUCCCGGUGGGGACGGGUUUCCGACGAGGGUGUUCUUCAAUGGGGGGGAAUGCUCGUUGCCGGAUGAAAUUCCGAGAGGAGAUGGCCAUCGCCCUCGUGCUAGCCUUCUGUUAAUGGCUUUGGCUGCACUGGUGGUCUUUGCGUCUUUAAUGGGGGAUCUCUUCUAAGGAGUGCAUAUAGUAUAUUAUUUUCUUUUUCUCAGAGAAAAUUUGAUUAUAUAGUGUAUGUCCUUUGAAUACUCUUGACAAAGAGAGGAGAUAUUGGAAACAACAAAAAAAAAAACUAUGGGAGGAGUUAUUAAUGCAAGCUUGACAUCAGAUAAAAUAGCAGAGACGUUUACUUUUGGACUGAUCAAUUCUAUAUUACAGAUUAUGGUUAGUGAAGUAAA